CGCAAAUUAUACAAUUGCAUUUUUAGUUUGACCUAGCUAGUUUUAGGUGUGUGUGAGUGUAUGUGAUAUAUUGUGCAUGUUAGUUGGAUAGUAGAAUAAGCAGGUCUUAUCAUGUCGCUGUCAGGAAAGGCUAACAAUCCUCCUCUUCCUGGAGAAGAGAUUGUAAUGUCAGGGUUUGCAGGAGAAUUUCCAGGCUCAAAAAAUACAUAUGAGCUUCUGGAACAUUUGCACAACAAGGUUAACCUGAUGAAAGCCCCCCAAAGAUGGGACUAUUAUAAUCCCGACAUUCCACCAUCAGGGGGACACCUGGAUAACGAACUGGGCAAUUUUGAUGCAGGAUUUUUUGGGUGGCACGAGAAAUUAGCCGACAACAGUGACAGUUUAGUGAGACAUCCUGUAGAGAAAGCGAUAGAGGCCAUCAUGGACGCGGGAUUGAAUCCGAGUGAUCUACAAAAUCAAAGAUGUGGAAUCUAUGUUGGAGCCUGUUUCAGUGAGAGUGAGAGGAAUGCGUUCCUUGUCAACGUACAACCAGAGUUCCCAUUGAUUGGAUAUACUCGAAAUCAAAUCGCACAUAAGAUAGCAUACUACCUAAAAACGAAAGGUCCAGCAGUAGUAACGGAUACAGCGUGUAGUAGCGCAAUGAUUGCACUGGAAAAUGCGUACUUUGCUAUUAGGAUUGGAUUAAUUGACUGUGCUAUUGUAUCCGGGGUGAAUUUUUGUAUAAACCCUAUGGUUACAUUACAGUUUUCAUGGAUGGCUUUGCUGAGUAAGAAUGCUACAUGUAGUCCAUUCAGCAAGAACCGCAACGGAUACGUCAGAGCGGAAACUGUGGGUGCUGUGUUUCUACAGAAAGCGAAAGAUGCAAACAGAAUUUAUGCUGAAGUUGUCCAUGCAAAAACUAAUUCAGAUGGUCACAAAGAACAAGGAAUUACAUAUCCUUCUAUGGUGUCUCAAAAAUCAUUAAUGGAAGAUGUUUACAGAGAAAGCGGGAUCUCCGUUGAUAAGUUAGGGUACAUAGAAGCUCACGGAACAGGUACCGUUGUCGGAGAUCCGGUUGAAUGUGGUGCAAUCGAUGAAGCUAUAAUGAAACACAGAAAAGAACCACUGCUAAUAGGUUCCGUCAAGUCAAAUGUCGGACACGCUGAGCCAGCCUCGGGACUACCUUCCAUCGCAAAAAUAAUUGGUGCAAUGGAAACGGGGAUAAUUGCUCCAAAUAUACACUUCGGUGAGCCAAAUCCUAGCAUUCCAGCUCUUAUAGAAGGUAGACUUAAAGUUGUUUUAAAGCCUGAACCAUUGAAAUCAGACUAUGUAGGUGUCAGCAGUUUUGGAUUUGGUGGUGUUAACUGUCACGCUCUAUUGAAAAGACACGCUAAAAGUAAAAUCGGUGGAGGUCUACCUGCCGACAAUACUCCAAGAUUGGUCUGCGUCAGUGGCAGACUUAGGGAAGGUGUGAUUGAAAUGCUCAAGCCCUUCAAAGAGAACAAACUGGAUGUGGAGUUCGUGCGACUUCUUCAUAAUGUAUUCAGGAAGAACAUACCCAGUUACGUCUACAGAGGAUACAGCAUUGUAACAAAGACAGGAGAAGUUCACAGGCAAAUUGGAUACCUAAGGAAACAUACUCCUUUAUGCUUCGCAUUUGGCGAGCUUACCAACUGGAUGGAGGUCAGCAAGAAGCUAAUGCAGCUCUUACCAUUCGCCGACUCUAUGCAAAGAUCUCAGAAGCAUCUUUCCAAGUCGAUCAACCUAAGUGACUUCGGUAAUCCCUCAAAAUCAUGCCAGCACGAGGUGGUUGGUAACGUCGCAGUACAAAUUGGUAUCGUUGAUAUGUUCAAUGCAAUCAAAAUGAAACCAGAUAAAUAUUAUGGAUAUUCCUGUGGAGAGCUUCUAGCACUGUACGUUGAUGGAAAGCUUACCAGAGAGCAAGUGCUCGAUUGCGCUGUCUGUGUCAAUAAAUUUGUUGCAAGGAAUGAGGCUCUAAGUAAUGGAAGUGGUCAUAUUGUUAACAGCAACAGUGUCGCCAAUGGUAAUGGGUACCACGGUAGCUGCGCUGAGGACUUGAAAACUGCUUUGAAAAACAAUAAAAUGUCAAGAGCUAAACUAGUGCAGGAUCUCUCCUCAAUUAUUUCGUCCAAAAACGCUGUAGUCGAUAAUUUGGUAGCAUCCCUGAUUGGCUCAGUACCAACACGAAUACAAGAAGUACGAACAGAUGACAAACUGGUCGUUUUUGGAUGGAUUCCGUCAUCAUGCGUACCAGAGGAUGUGACGUUGUUUGAUUAUAAUCCUACUACCAGUCAGAAUAUAGUCAUGGAUUUAUUAAAAUUAUUGGGAAACUUAUAUGUAUCAGGAUGUGAGGCUGAAUUUGAUAAGCUAUAUCCGACAGUGGAAUUUCCGGUGUCCAGGGGCACCAGAAUGAUAUCACCGUAUAUCAAAUGGAAGCAUGAUAGAAAAUAUUUCGUGCCGCUUUACUCCAAUACUGCUGAUAAAGGAAUACGUGGUAUAAGGGACGUUAAAAUUACCACCAUCGAUUCAGAAUGGCAGUAUGUAGUUGGACAUGUUAUUGACGGUAGGAACCUGUUUCCAGCCACAGGUUAUUUGUAUCUCGUAUGGCAGACGCUGGCCUUAACGAAAAACAUAAACAUGUCUGGUAUGGAUAUUGUAUUCGAAGACUGUCGAUUUCACCAAGCCACACAAUUGCCAUCUAAAGGAUAUUUGUCCUUUUUGGUAACUCUUGAUAUCUCUGGAAAGUUCGAGGUCAGCGAGAGCAAUGUUUCUAUUGUUACGGGUAGAAUUACAAUAUUGGAAACUGAAGAUUCUGAACCAGUGUUGCAUAAUGACUUCCAUCUAAACAACUCAAUGAAGUUGCAAGACAUUUAUAAGGAGUUGAAACUCAGAGGAUACAACUACACGGGUGGGUUUCGACAAUUGCAAGACUUCGACGUGAACGAAUGCAAAGGACAUAUCAAAUGGGAUGCCAAUUGGGUUACAUUCAUGGACAUAAUGUUACAAAUGAAGAUCUUAUCUAUCGAUUCUCGGCUACUCUAUGUGCCGACUUACAUUCAGGAAGUCAGGUUGAGUGCCAUGCGCCAUGAGAAGUGGAUCGAAGAUCAUUAUGUAGCCAAUGGAUUAGAAACUAAUCUACCCGCUCACUACAAUAGCUUAAGUGAUACCAUCAGUUCUGGUUAUAUCAAAAUAAAGGGCCUGAUGGCUAGCACUAUUACGAGAAAGAGAGACAUGAGAAUACCGGUUCUAGAGAAGUACAUGUUUGUGCCAAAUGAAGCGUCACUUAAAGUGGAAGAAUCAAUGAGAGUUAACAUCCAAAUUAUUCUAGAAAACACCUUAUCCACUAAAGUGAAGUGUGUCGAAUUAGUGGACCAAUUCGCUGUUGAUAAGAAUUCACCUUUAUCUCCCAUAGUGCUCACUGUAUUAGAAGAUCAGCCCCUCAUUCAGCCAAAUGUCACCAUAUUGAGCAAUUCUCCCAUUGAAGGAGUGUCUGUCACUACUGUGGAUAAAACAUUGAGAACUGAGACUGACUGUACAAUAAUCGUAAUAUCGAGGCUUUCAAAGAGACCAGAGUUUUUGCAAGACAUCUACGAAUCAUUAAAAGAAGACGGUUUCAUCAUCAGCAGAGAAGAAGUAAAUUGCGAUGCAUCAAAACUUUCCUUGAGGGGACUGAAUACCCUCACUGUCCACAGAACAGAUACAGAAACAUUGGUGUUCUAUAGACGUGAAACUCAACAAGCGCCAAUGAAUUUUUUGAAAAUAGAUGAUACUGAAACUUUCCCAUGGUUGGAACAGUUGCAAGAAAUGAAUAAAACGAAAAGCAAGGAAGACAUAGUGUUAUACUCCGAGAAGGAUUCCACUAGCGGUAUUUUAGGUUUCGUUAAUUGUUUGAGGAGAGAACCAGAGACUAGAAACGUCCGCUGCGUAUUUUAUAUGGACGAACCCGACACAUUCGAUGUGAAUGACCCUAGUUUACUACAACAGCUCAAGAGGAAUAUGGCAAUCAACGUGAAAAAAGAUGGUAAAUGGGGCACAUACAGGCAUAUGCUGAUAAAACGAGAGUCAUACGUUGAAGCAGAACAUUGUUUUGCUAACACAUCUGUCAAAGGAGAUCUGACUAGCUUGAAAUGGACGGAAGGACCGUUGACCAGCAGUACUACACCUCCAUUGGAAAAAGACUUGGUUUAUGUAUAUUACGCAUCGUUGAACUUUAGAGAUGUUAUGUUGGCUUCAGGCAAACUGAACGUGGACAUUGUCAAGAGCAGGUUGGAACAAGAAUGCGUUCUGGGUAUGGAAUUUACUGGAAUCAACCACAGGGGAGACCGAGUGAUGGGCCUCGCGACAGCUGGUGCCAUUAGUACAAUGGUCUUAGGUGACACAUAUUUAUCCUGGAGAGUUCCCAAUCAUUUGAGCUUAGAAGAUGCUGCUACCAUUCCGACAGUUUAUGGUACACUUGCCUACGGUUUACUUCAUAAAGGAAAAAUGAAACGAGGAGAUUCAAUUUUAAUACAUUCUGGUACUGGAGGUAUUGGUUUGGCAGCCAUAAGGAUGGCUGUGCAUUAUGGCGUUACCAUCUAUGUAACUGUUGGUACCAAGGAGAAGAAGGAAUACCUCUUGAAAACAUUCCCACAGAUCAAAGCGAGCAACAUCGGCAACUCCAGAGAUCUAUCCUUUGAACAAAUGGUAAUGACGCAAACAAAUGGCAGAGGCGUAGACAUAGUUCUCAACUCAUUGGCUGAAGAGAAACUAUUAGCAUCCGCACGAUGUCUUGCUACGGGUGGAAGAUUCGUUGAAAUUGGCAAGUUCGAUUUAACAAGGAAUAGCGAAUUGAGUUUGAUGUUGUUACAAAAGGAGGCAUCAUUCAUUGGUGUAGCGCUAGAUAUGUUAUUAUUCAGUUCACCUUCAGAGAAAAAAGUAGUCGGUCGAUACAUGAAUCAACUUCUUGAUGAAAGAGUGAUCCAACCCUUCGCCAGGACCGUAUUCAAGAUGACAGAAGCAGAGCAAGCGUUUAGAUACAUGAUGACUGGAAAACAUAUUGGAAAAGUGAUUUUACAAAUACGAGAACCUCAAAUGAGCAUUCAAGAAAAAAAUAAGUUCACAGCGUUAAAAAGAUAUAACUGCUAUGGCGACAAAUGUUACGUAAUACUCGGAGGCUUAGGAGGAUUUGGCCUAGAACUGGCUGAUUGGAUGGUUGUAAGAGGCUGCAGAAAACUUGUAUUAACUUCCAGGAAAGGCGUUACUACAGGAUAUCAGGCAAAUAGGAUAAAAACUUGGAAAUCCUAUGGUGUCGAAGUACAUGUUUCGACAUCAAACGUAACAACAAGAGAGGGCUGUGUACAACUUAUAAAAGAGGCACAGAAAUUAGGACCAAUCGAAGCAAUUUAUAACCUUGCCGUGAUUCUACAGGAUGCGAUUUUUGAAAAUCAGACAGUUGAACAAUUCACUACAUCAUUUGGACCUAAAGCUAGAGCUACUAGAUAUUUGGAUGAAAUUACUAGAAAAAUGUGCCCAGAUUUGAAAGACUUUGUUGUAUUCUCCUCAGUAUCGUGUGGCCGAGGUAAUGCAGGGCAAACUAACUAUGGUAUGGCCAAUUCAAUAAUGGAAAGAAUAUGCGAAAAACGUAGGAAGGAUGGAUAUCCAGCAUUAGCUAUUGAAUGGGGAGCUAUAGGAGAGGUAGGACUAGUGGCAGAAAUGCAGACAGAGCAGCACGAAAUAGAGAUAGGAGGUACCUUGCAACAGAGGAUAUCCAGCUGCAUGGACGUCCUAAAUAUAUUCCUACGUCAGGAUGAAGCCCCAAUUGUUUCUAGUACAGUUGUAGCGGAAAAAAGAGGAGUGGGAGACGCUGCUAGUGCUGUAGAUGUAGUAUUAUUCAUUUUAGGUGUCACCGAUGCAAAAUCUGUGAGUCUCCACUCAACUCUACCGGAUCUGGGUAUGGAUUCAAUGACAAGUGUGGAAAUCAAGCAAACGUUAGAAAGGGAAUUUGAGAUAUUCCUGUCACCGAAAGAUAUCAGAAGCAUGACAUUGGCAAGGCUGACAGAAAUUGAACAGGAGAAAUUCGAAGGUCAAUCUUCCAACACCGGAUCAUCCUCAGUUAGCGAACAAGAAGCAGGUUUGGAGCAGGUACUAAGGUUAUUUGGAAAUUUGGACGAAAACACGCAAAAAGAAAUCCGGCUCGAAUCCAGAUUGAAAGAAGGUCAAAGUGGUCCAAAAGUAUUCUUUUUACCUGGAACUGAAGGUUUCAUCAAGGUGAUGCGUGGCUUAGCCAGCCGUUUGGAUGCUCAUGUCAUAGGUUUCCAGUAUACCAUGGAUAUAGAGUUCGAGACAAUACAGGACCUUGCCAAAAAUUUAGUACCAGUAAGUUGCAAUGUAGUAUCCACCUUGCUUUCUCUUGCUGUUUUCUCAUUACCGAGGAGCGUAACUUUCCCUAGUACUUCUAUCUUCAGCUACACUUAGGUACUGUCUUCCCCAAAGCAUCCCGAUCGCAUCUCGACUUCAACUGGAUUUUGACAUCAGUUGCGUUCCUUUUGUGAUGUCACCGAAAACAACUGCUAAGCAACUUGUAGCCCCAUUUUGAGAUUGUUAUUAACUGAAUAUGCUAUUCUUACAUUACUAUUACGAUAACCUUUUUGUAGGACGUCGUAAAGCACUUAAGGAAGGACGACUCAUUCAAGAUUGUGGCUUAUUCAUACGGAGCACCAAUAGGAGCGGAACUGUGUAACAUCCUUGAAUCUAUGGGCUAUACGGGAGUCUUAAUAUGCUUGGACGCAACGCCGCUCACAGUAAAGAGUUUCAUAUCAAGAUUGAUAAAAAGCACUUCAGAACACGAGCUACACAUAAAGAUGUGUCUAUACAUAUUGAAUUUCUUCAUGCCAGCUGACAUCGUCAGCAAGUUGCAGGACCAGUUCGAAAAAUGUCCAACAUGGGACGAAAAAGCCGAGCUUCUGGUAGAGCUAUCCAAAACAUCGGUACCGUUCAACUCGGAGUAUUUAAGGCAAUACGCUAACAUGGUACUGAAGCGACUAAACGCCAUCAUUAACUACACACCCAGCACCAUGAAACUCAAGACCAAAGUGAAAAUGAUCCACGCAACUCGGGGCAUCGGGGUAGGAGAGACCAAGACUGAAGAUUGUGGAUGGCUUCAGUUCUGUGCGACUCCAGUGGAUGUUAGUAUUUACGAGGGUAAUCAUAUCGACAUUAUAGAUGAUCAGAAGGUAGCUGAAGAGGUCAAUUCCUUUGUGACACAGUAAUAUGAUUAGUUUUGUUCAAAUAAAAUAAACAAUGUACUAAUUGCA